AUGGCGACCGCGGACGCCUCCCGGAGCCCCAGCCCCACCACCGGCACGGCCCGGGGGGGGACGGAGAAGUCACCGCCUCGCUCCGCAAGGGAGGAAGAGAAGCAGAAGAAGGUUCAGGGGCUGGAAAAGCAACGAGGCUCUCCCUCCAGAACAAAGACUGAUUCGAGGGUUUCCGUGAUCUCCAGGAGAUCCCAGGCCCGGGAGGAGGAGGAGGAGGAGGAGGAGGAGGAGGAGGAGGAGGAGUGGACCAGCAAUUCCUCUCUGCUCUCUGGUGGUGACACUUCCAGAGCAAUAAAACCAGUCCAGGCCUUCGUGAGGGUCAAGCCCACGGCUCAUUUUGCCCAGGACAUGAUCAAGUUUGGGGCAGACAACAAGAGCAUCGACAUCCACAUCGAGAAAGAUGCCAGGGGAGGGACUGUGAACAACUCCUCCACUGACUGGUCCUUCAGGAUGGAUGGGCUUCUCCACAACACCUCCCAGGACCAGGUCUAUGAGGCUGUGGCCAAGGACGUGGUGGCUGAAGCUUUACGUGGCUGCAAUGGCACCAUCAUGUGUUAUGGGCAAACUGGGGCUGGUAAAACUUACACCAUGACUGGAGCAACCUCUGAGUACAAGCACCGAGGGAUCAUCCCCAGGGCUCUCCAGCAGGUGUUUAAAGCAGCUGCAGGAUCCCUCACUCUCUCCAUCAGAGUCCGAAUUUCCUACCUGGAGAUCUACAACGAGGCCCUGUUUGACCUGCUGUGCCCGGGGCUGGGCCGUGGCUGCAGGAACCCCCCCCUGGCUGUGCUGGAUUCCCCUCGGGGGGUUCACGUCAGGGGUCUGUCCAUCCACCCUGUCAGCCACGAGGAGGAGGCCCUGCACCUCCUUUUUCAGGGUGAGACCAACAGAGUGAUUGCAGAGCACGCCCUGAAUAAGAAUUCCUCCAGAUCCCACUGCAUCUUUACUAUUUAUCUUGAGUGUCGUUCCAGAACCAACACAGAUCUCAAAGGCAUUAAAUCCAAAAUCACCCUGAUAGACCUGGCAGGUUCCGAGAGACUGAGCAAGAUCACGGCUGCAGGACAGCUCCAGAGAGAGAACUCCUACAUCAACAGGUCCCUGACGUUCCUUGAGCAGAUCAUCCUGGCCCUGGCUGAUCCCAGGAGGGGCCACAUUCCCUUCCGGCAGAGCAAACUCACUCACGUCCUCAAGGACUCUCUGGGGGGAAACUGCAACACUGUCCUGGUGACCAACAUCUGUGGGGAAGCUGCUCACGUGGGAGAGACGCUGUCUUCCCUUCGCUUUGCCACCAGGAUGAGGUGGAUCACAGCAGAGCCGCUUCCCAACGUGACCUUUGACCGGGAGGUGUCAGUGAAGGCUCUGGAGGAGGAGAUUGAACUCCUGAAGCAGGAACUGGCCAUGCAGGACAUGUUUGCAAAUCAUUUUUCCGGGACUUACAGCCCCCUGAGUGGUGCCCAGAGAGCAGCAAUUAAAUCCCAGGUCCACAAAUACCUGAGAGGAGCCAUUGAGGAGAUCGAUAUAGUGAGCAUCCAGCAAAUCCAGGAGGUGUUUAAACAGUUCAAAGUGAUUGUAAGUCAGCAGCAGGAGGAGGUGGAGGCCAAGUUGAGGAGCAGAUACAUUCUGAUUGACAAGGGGGAGUUCCCUGCUGGGGCCAGGCCUGUGUCUGACUUUGGCUCUGAUUUCGGUUGGCUGCUGGAAGAUGAUGAGGAGGAGGAGUACAAGGAGGAUGAGGAGGAGGGAGGUGUGGGUGAUUUGGAGGAUGGUUUGGUGCAGGAAGUGGAAAAGCUGCAGAAGGAGGCUUUGGAGCCUGGAACUUCCUCUUCCUCACCCGUUCCCGGGGACAAGAAGGACGACAAGAAGAGUGAUGAGCAGACCAACUUCCCCCCAUCCAAGGAAGAGGCGUUCGAGCUGUUCAAGCAGGGGGCUGGCAGGGAGAUCAGCAGCAUCUUCAGGGACAACAAGAACAUCCUCCUGGCCAGGCAGAGGAGCAGCAAUUCCGUGGCACGGAGGAUCAACGAGGUCAGGCGGGAGAUGGAGGGACUCAGGCAGGCCCUGCAGGGGAAGAAGCGGAAGCGGUGGCAGGAGGGGGAAUACACGGACGAGAAGGGCCAGGUCAUCAUCGAUGAGAAGGAGUUCUCCCUCAUCCUGAGGCUGAAGGAGCUGAAGGAAGAGCACAAGGCUGGUUAUGCUGAGCUGCAGGACCUCAAGGCAGAGAUCCAGUACUGCCAGGAGCUGGUGGAUAAGUGCAGGAGAAGGCUCGUCUUGGAGUUUGAGAUCUGGUACAACGAGGCCUUCCUCAUCCCUGAAGAUGUGCGGGAAGCUCUGAGGCCCGGUGGGAGCAUCCGGCCUGGAAUGGUUCCCAUCAACAGGGUCCUGUGCCUGGAUGAAGAUGAGCAGGACAGGUUUGAGCGGAUGCAGGAGACCAACCUGCCGGACUGCCCGGGAUCCACCCCCUUCUACAGGGCCAAGAUGAAGAUUGAGCAGCAGCACACCUUUGACAGGACCAUGCUGGCCCUGCAGCAGAUGCGCAGGAGAGCCGGGAUCCUCAGGGCUGCUGGGAAGAACAAACCCCUCUCCUGCCUGCACAGCACGUAGCAGGCUGGGCUCAGCCUGGAUGCCAGCAUUCCCUGAGGAAUGCCAGCUCCCAGAGUGCCUCCUGCUCGUGUCCACCAUCGAUCUGUAAGAAUAAACACUGGGAAAAUCGAA